AUGGCUGCAGAAGAGAAGCGGAAAGGCUGGGCUUCGAAGCAGCGUAGCGGGGCUGAACAGGCAGGUGAGAAGGAACCGUGCGUGCUCCUGGGCCAGCAGCUGGGUGAACCAGGAAGAUUCGCUUAUGCGGCGCUUUGUGGGAUAUCCCUAGCAUGGCUGUUCCCUGAAACAGAGCAAAGCUCCUUCAGGACGGGAUUCAUUGAGGGCUUCGUGAGAUGGCUGGGCCUGCCUGAUGCUGUCUUACCUGCCAUGACAGCAUUUGCUAGUGGCUUAGGAGGUGAGGGCACGGAAACUUUUGCCCAGAUUUUGCUGAAGGAUCCCAUCUUGAAAGAAAAUCCGGUUGUCAUUACCCAAGACCUUCUAUCCUUCUCUCUUAGAGAUGGGUACUACGAUGCUCGAGCGAGGGUGUUGAUCUGCCACAUCACCUGGCUGCUGAGAAUCCCCUUGGAGGAGCUGGAAGUCCUGGAGGAAUCUCUGCUUGAAAGCCUGAAGGAACAAAAAGAGGAAGAGUCAGAAACUGCAGAAGUAUCAAGAAGAAAGAAGGAAAGAAGAAAAAAGCUGAAGAGAUACCUGCUGAUCGGUUUGGCAAGCGUUGGGGGUGGAACAGUGAUCGGCUUGACAGGGGGUCUUGCUGCCCCUCUGGUUGCUGCAGGAGCUGCUGCUAUCAUCGGAAGCGCCGGAGCAGCUGCUUUAGGUUCGACUGCUGGCAUUGCUGUCAUGGCAUCCCUUUUUGGAGCAGCUGGAGCUGGCCUUACUGGAUACAAGAUGAAGAAGCGUGUGGGAGCCAUAGAAGAGUUUGAAUUCCUCCCACUUACUGAAGGGAAGCAGCUUCAUAUCACCAUAGCAAUUACUGGGUGGCUGUGCACUGGCAAAUAUGGGAGCUUCACAGCACCGUGGAGCAGCAUGUUGCAAUCGAGUGAGCAGUAUUGUCUGGCUUGGGAAUCCAAGUACUUGAUGGAGCUCGGCAACACCUUAGAUUCCCUGCUGAAUGGUUUUGUGAACAUGAUGGCUCAAGAAGCUCUAAAAUUCACCGUCUUGUCGGGUAUUGUGACGGCCUUGACUUGGCCAACUUCACUCUUGACUGUUGCCAGUGUCAUUGACAACCCCUGGGGAGUGUGUCUCCAUCGGUCUGCUGAAGUAGGCAAACACCUAGCACGCAUCCUGCUCAGCCGACAGCAGGGCAAGCGACCUGUCACACUGAUUGGCUUCAGUCUAGGUGCAAGAGUCAUUUACUUCUGCCUGCAGGAAAUGGCUCAAGAAAAAGACUCUCAAGGGAUCAUUGAAGACGCGGUUUUACUGGGAGCUCCAGUGGAAGGAGAAGCCAAGUACUGGAAACCUAUCACAAAAGUGGUGUCGGGCAGGAUCAUAAACGGUUAUUGCAGGGGGGACUGGCUGCUGAGGUUUGUAUACAGAACCUCUUCUGUCCAGAUCAACGUUGCAGGCCUCCAGCCAGUCGACUUGGAUGACAGGAGGAUGGUAAACAUGGACCUUUCGUCUGUAGUAAACGGCCACCUGGACUACAUGAAGCAAAUGGACACGAUCCUAAAAGCUGUGGGUGUUAAAACCAAGGGAGAGAGGGGCAGCAGCAGUCUUUUCUCCCCGCUCACCGAGGAGUCCCAGCGGGCAGCAGGCAGCGAGCCCCAGGAAGAGGAAAACACCGUGCGAGAGGAGGAUGCGGCUGGUGGUGAGGCUCUCCCAGCCGGCCACGCUCGGCGCCGUGAUCCCCCCGGCUGUCCCUCGGGAGAAGCCUCGCUGCCCUGCCCAGACUGUUCAAACAGCGGGGACAGCGGGAAACAGGCAGCGGGCGAAGGAGCAAAUUAG